AUGGGCUCAGGCACCCGCGGCGGGCACCACGGAAGCAACGGCGAGAACUCAGGACGGGGAGGGUACAGCCAAGGCCAAUACCAGCACCACGGAGACCUGUGGCAGGGCUACGGAAGCGACUCGUCAUCGGAAAGUUGCGCGAGCAGCGACAGCCACGGGUCGGGGGGAGACGCCGGCAGCGUCAAGAGCAACACUAGCGCCACGAGCACCGAGACUGUGCGGCCGGCGUAGGAGCAUGGCGGGAGAGGGGAUGGUUUCCAUGUGAUGAUAUUGUGUACCUAACGGGUUGGGCUUGCGGCUGACGAGGCA